UGCUAAAUUUCUCCAGAUCUGUUCAGAUGAAGAAAAAAAUAAACCCUCAUCUACAUCUUGAAUGGGCUGCAUUUUUCUAAACCACUCAAGCAAAAAUUCUUGCUUUGGCAGGAUUGAGAACGAGGACAACCUCUAUCGUCUCCAUGUAUCAGGAUUCAGUGGUACAGUUGAGGACUCGUUUGGUUGGUACCAUGACAAGCAAAGCUUCAGCACUCCAGACACAGGUGACAUCUGUGCUGAGAUAUCUCACGGAGGCUGGUGGUACCAUCAGUGCUUCUUCGCCAACCUCAAUGGAGUGUAUUAUAAGGGGGGGCGUUACUCUGCCAAAGGGAAGAAUCUUCUGGGGCCUGAUGGGAUUGUGUGGUACUCUUGGAAGGACUCAGAUUACUACUCCUUGAAGAAGCUUCAGACUAUUUUACCAUGAGAUAAACAUAUCUGCACCAUCCAUAGAGACUCUUUCUGCCUAUCACACACUAGCAGGAAGGGUGGAACAAACCAGCAAAUGAACGUGGCACUGGAAUGAAAGAGGUUUUGAGGGGCAUCACAUGAUUUGAUGAUUAUUUGCAUUACAAAGUCCCAGACAAAAUAAGGGACUCCUUAUGGUCAAAAAUGGAAAAAGUCCAAACUGAAGCUGCCUCAAGAUUAAGGGAAGGAAAUAGUUUUGGAGGAGAAAGUCUGUUUCUUUGCUUGAGGUCACGCUCACAUGAACUCUCACAAACUGAGGUCAUCAUGCUCAUUUCCUCUAAGGCCAGAGAUUUGUUUCCUCUUCCAAAGAGAGAAAACUGACCCUGAGCUAGCAUAAAUACUGGAUAAUUCUACCAUCUUCUCAAAAAGGAUAUUUUUGUGCUCCUGCUAGAACUGCAAAAUCAAUUUUGACACAAGGCCAAAAAAUGCAGAGCAUUCAUGGCCAUCACAACUCUCCUCACAACUCACGACUUGGAAAGGUAUAAAGAAAGAUUUAUUACACACUGGAUGGCUAGUUAAAAACACAUUUUAUACACUGAGUGUGACAAUGAGACAUUUUUAGUUUUGUUUUGCAUAGAACAUUUUACCACAGGUAAAAGACAAUGUCCUUAUUGCUUUUAUCCAAUACAUACCACUAAAUAUGUCAUAUUUAAUUUCACAUCCUACAAGAAAAUAAAAUCAUGUCAGACAAUUUAAGAUGUUAAUAAACUCAUCUGGUUUAGAUGGCCCAGUCUAAGUGAACGCGUCCCGGAGAGACCUCAAUUUACACAGAGAGAAUUAAAUGUCUUAAAGGAGUAGUUCACUCAUAAAUGAAAAUUUGCUGAAAAUGUACUCACCGUCAG